AUGCCUCCAAGCAGCCUAUCCAUAAGGUGCUCAAGACCAUCAUUGGAUGGGUUCAAAGCCAGAGUCAUUGCAUGCAAUAAGGGCAAAGGCUGUGCUAUUUAUCAUUCUUAUGCAACUAUUGAUGCCAAGUCUGAUGAAGAUGAAGAUGAUCCAGACAAAGUAGAAGUCUCUUCUGAUUCUGAUACUGAGUCUAUUAAAAUGAUCAUUGAUGAGAAGGCUUUCAGAGCUGGAAGAUCUCUGAAGUUUUCCAAUGCUAGAUCUAGCAAUGUGGUUACUGAGGACAAGCAUAAGAAACUGUAUAAGCCCAGAAGUAUUUUCAUCAUGGUUCUUGUGGGGUUGGAGAGUAGCACUCUGCCUCAGCUAUGGGACUUGUUAGUGUCUGUAUUUGCUGAUGAAGAGAGAGCUGCUCCUAGUGUUGAUGCUUUGCAUGAGAGUUAUAAAGAAUCAACUAUAGCUUGUUUUGUGGUAGAGAGAUCUGAGCAUCUGGCCAAGCUCAAGAGUGUCCUCAUGGGUGAUGUCCUUAUGCUCCAGCACACUCUAUAUGCUGCUGAGAAACAACACAUGUUUCUCCUUGAUGAACUUGAGUGCAUCCAAUCUACCCUUCAUCUCUUAGUUCCAGUGCCAUCAGACUCUGGAGAUCCCACUCCUGUGGAGACUGAAGCUCCUCCUGCUCCUUUUACUUCAUCUAAUGUCAAGCCUUCAUCUGCCUAA